AUGAGUUCGCAAAAAGACCGGCCUAACAGUUCAGAAAAACUGCCAUUUCGUGCCUCCUUCGUCGAAUUAAUGGGCCUCGAACGUCUCGACUCGUCCAGCAGCACUCCGGACGCACCAGAGAAGGUCGAGCGGUUUCAAUCUCUCGCCGCACCGUACCCUCCUGGCAUGGGCGAAAUGGCAUUUGGCGGGCAUGUCUACGCUCAGUCCGCAUAUGCAGCGUCGAAAACUGUCGGCAAGGGGUUUGUAAUACACGACAUGACGGGCACGUUCAUUCUACCGGGCCAACUAGACGUUCCCUACGUGUAUACAGUUCGCCACAUACGAGAUGGGAGCAUGUACUGUACGCGCGCUGUCGACGCACGACAGAACGGCAAGAUCUGCUUCUCGUGUUUGUGCUCGUUCAAGCGCCCCGAGGAGCAGCAGACGUUCCACCAUCAGCCGGCCCCGGCACAGGAGCGCUUCAAGUCACUUCUUGCUGGGAAAAAGCCAGAGGAUCAUCUGACUAGUCCUAGCGUUGAUGCGGACUGGUGGAUUGAACAGGUUCAGCGGGGGGAUAUUGCUGAGCCGGAGUUUCCAGGGCUUGAUGUGAGGAAGGUGGAUAUGACGAGCUACAAUGCCACCGAGGAGGUGAAGCAGAGUCCGGAGAGUUAUCGCCAGUUGACGCUGUACGCCCUCAAGGGGUCACCGCAGGACCCAGAUGUUGCGUUGAGCACGCAAGAGCUCGAAGCCAGUGACAAGUCAGGCGAGUUUGAUAACCUAUAUGCCUGUGCGCAUAUGUAUGCGAGUGACAAGAACUCACUCUUAUUGAUUCCACGUGCGUUGGGCCACAAGACCUGGUCUGCAAUGGCCAGUCUAACGCUGACGGUGGUUUUUCACCACCAUGGUGAAGCGCUGAGGAUGAUUGACUGGGAUGUAGGGGAGGAGGAUGGAAAGAGUUUGCCCAGGAAAUGGUUUAUCCAGGAAGGCUGGACGCCUACGUCUGGAGAGAAUAGAGCUAUUCAUGAGAGCUAUUUGUGGAGUCCAGAAGGGGUAUUGCUCGCCACCAGUUAUCAGGAUAGCCUCCUCAGGCUGAAGAAACCGGGUCGUGAGAAACUAUAG